UCAGUCCAACUCGAGCAGUGGCCCCUUGAGCGGAAAACCCGUCAACAUGAAGUGGUUUAUCGCGCUCGUGGCGAUCGUCACCAAGUUUUUCAUUUUUGCGAGGGGCAGGCAGGAGGAGGCGGACGUGCACUCGGUGCCCCUUGGCUCCGAGGCUCGGAUGAGCUGGAGGAUUGACUUUACGCCCGAGGAGAUAGCAGCGGAGGUACAUUUCAGCGGGGAGGAAAAUUCGUGGUUUGCGGUGGGCUUUUCGAACUACGGCGAAUCCAAACCGGCGGAUUAUUGCGUUUUGUGGGUCGACUGGCACCGCGAGACGCAUUUGCAGGACGCCUGGAGCGACGAGGCCGGUAAAUUGAAUCUCGACGAGCAGCAAGAUUGCAAAAGCUUCAAGUGGAAGAAGCAUGGAAAUUUAACCAAGUUCGCGUUCACCCGAAAGUUCGAUACCUGCGACGAGCACGACUACGUGAUCGAGAGAGGCACGACUCACCUGGUGUGGCUGAAAGGCAGCGGGCCCCUGACCUCCCUCGCUGGCCUCGGGGUGGCCAACGCCAAGUCCUCCGGUAUGUCGAGGACGGAGCUGCUGAGGUCGCGCCACCCGAAGCCCCGCUAUCCCGCGGACGCCUGGGCCCACGAGGUCAGGAACGACAGAGUCCAGGUGCCCAACGCCGAGACGACCUACUGGUGCCGGGUGUUCAAGUUACCCUCAACGCUAAGAAAAAAACACCACGUUCUCCAAUUCGGGCCCGCCAUUGAGAGCGGCAACGAGCACUUGGUGCACCACAUGGAGGUAUUCCACUGCGCCGGACCUGCCGAUCUCGAAGUGCCGUUGUACAACGGGCCCUGUGACUCGCCCGAUCGCCCGCAACGAACGCAGAUCUGCAAAAAGGUGGUGGCCGCGUGGGCCAUGGGCGCCGACGCCUUCGUCUACCCGGAGGAGGCGGGCUUGCCGAUCGGCGGGGCCGGCUUCAACCGGCACGUCAUGCUCGAGGUCCACUACAACAACCCGGAGCUGCGAGCCGGUAUCGCCGACUCGUCCGGGGUCCGGUUCGUCUUCACGAGGAACCUCAGGCGGUACGACGCGGGCGUCGUCGAGCUCGGACUCGAGUACACCGACAAAAUGGCCAUCCCACCCGGACAGGAGGAGUUUGCGCUGUCGGGCCAUUGCAUUGCCGAGUGCACGGGAGUUGGCCUCCCGCAGGCAGGGAUCCACGUGUUCGGCUCGCAACUGCACACCCACCUGGCCGGCCGGCGAGUCGUUACGAGGCACGUCCGCGACGGCAAGGAGCUGCAGCCCCUCAACUACGACAACCACUACUCCACCCACUUCCAGGAGAUCAGGCUGCUGCCGCGCCCCGUCACCGUAUUGCCGGGCGACUCUUUGAUUACCACGUGCACAUAUCGGACGACGGACAGGCAGAACGUGACGACCGGUGGCUUCGCCAUUUCCGAGGAGAUGUGCGUCAACUACGUGCACUACUACCCGAACACGCGGCUGGAGGUUUGCAAGAGUUCGGUGAGCGACGACGCGCUGGCCACGUACUUUCGUUACCUACGCGAGUGGGAGAACCAAAGGACGAGCGCCGACAAGGGAAUCUCCGACAAUUACAGGAGCAUCGAGUGGACCAAGGUUCGCGUGGCAGCGCUCAACGACAUCUACAAGGACGCCCCUCUAGGAAUGCAGUGCAACGGGUCGGAUGGAUCUCGGCUUCCCGGGCUGUGGGACAAUGUCGCGGCGACGCCGGUGAGUCUUCCUUUGGCGCCGCCGGCGCGCAACUGUCCGGACUCGGGGUACCAAAACGACGAGGGAGAAAUGAUUGGUAGAGCCUGAACGGACGCAGUUACCGCAAACGGAAAGUCACGUUAGACCAAACGAAAGUACCUUCCGAUAACAAAUAAAAAAGGUACUUUAUUACAUAGACAGAGAGAUAACAAUAAUAUACUAUUGUAGUUAUACCUGAUUGUCAUUCAAAUAAAUUAUACGUCGAUGUGUGUGCCAAAAUACAAAAAAAAAACAACAACUACUAAAGUCGUCAGGCAUCGAUAGAGUUGCGUAUUUUAUAAAAGAUGUAAACGGUUUACGAGUCAAGAAAUGAAAAAAAUACAUGUCAAGAACGUUGAUGUAAGUGUUGAAUGUUCAAAAGUUUAUAAAUUACCUCUUGGUUUGAUGUAAAAACUAUUUUUGCGCCCCUACUUGUAGCUAAAAAAUGGGGUUGUGUAAGUGAAUAACACAAGUUUGGCUUUUGAAAUAAGAAAUGAGAAUAACAAAUGCAGACACCCAAAAUUGCAAAUGCAGGCCACUUUGCACACAAGUAGAGUAUUUUUUGAAAAGUCCAUGGUACUCAACUGGAAAGGAUAAACUAUCAUGUAUGAACUAUUAGUUGU